AACCAAAACCAGCAAAAUUAGUGUUUAAUUACUAGAAACUGAUGUCUUUGAUGAAUCCAUCCAUGGAGGACUUACCACCGGAUGUCAUGGCAGAUAUUCUCACAAGACUUCCGGUGAAGACGAUCAUAUACAGCACCUGCGUAUGCAAAAAGUGGCGGAAUUUAGUUUCGAGCUCUUACUUUGUUAAUCUUCACCUCUCCAGAUCACCUCCAAGCCUCAUCGUUAGUCGUCUCUCGAGAGGAGAUCUCGCCAAUUCGCGUAAAGCAGGAAUCUUGAAGUGGGUGGAAAUCGAAGAUGAACUUGAUCGCCACCAUUUACACCACGAUCCAGUCAUGACCCUUGAUCUUAAUCUUUCAUCCACUCUAAGAAAAUCUAAAGUAUUACUAAUGGGGUCGGUGAAUGGUUUGAUCUGCCUAUCGCAGCCUAAAGGUGGUAACACUUGCAUAUGCAAUCCAAUCACCAGAGAAUACAUGAUCCUCUCUAGGAAUCGAGAUAAAAGAGAAGAUUAUUCGACGUUCGUUUGUGGUUUUGGAGUUGUAUGUAUGACAGGGGAGUACAAAGUGAUGAGGACUUUUGAAGAUUCUAACUCAUCAUCUCGGCCGAGACAAUUACAAGCCGAGGUUUACACCCUUGGCACUGGCCGCUGGAGAAACAUCGGCCAUGUCCCUUACUGGUUCGAUCAUUCCGACCAACCGUUUCUGAACGGCCAUAUUCAUUGGCGUAUUUACGAUGAGGAUUCCCCUGAAAGUCUUUGUGCUUUUGAUUUAGACAAGGAAACAUUUCGAUUAUUUCCAUCUCCUCCUUCCGAAAGUAUAGAAGAAAGUUACAUGCAUUUCCAAAGUUUGGCGGUCCUAAAGGGUUGUUUAUGUAAAUCUGAUACCUAUGAUUCUCGAUACACGAUUUGGGUGAUGACGGAAUAUGGGAUCAAGAAAUCUUGGCGUAAAGAGCUGGUGGUUAAGCUAGGAAUCAUCCCUGAUCUAGAUUGGCUGAUAUGGGAGCCUAUGUUUCUGAUUGAGGGUUUGAAAGAUGGAAGUAUUUUGAUGGUUUGUCGUGAAGAAAGAUUGUUGGUAUAUUGUCCUCAGAGUAAAACAAUCGAACACACGGAAAUGUUCGAACCCUACUUCAGUGGACUGCCGUAUCGUCCUAGCUUUCUUAAACUCCGAGACUUCGCAUCAGAGAGAGUUCGUAUGUUCUAAAGAUCAUCAACAUUCUACCAUUUUUGUAUCAUCCUUUAAUUUCUGUGUUUUCUGUUAAACUUAAGUAAUCUAGACUUGGAUUUAGUGGUGGUUAAAGUCAAACAGUUAUGACAGUUACUAUUUACAUUAACCGUCACCUUUGAAGGGUUGUGACGGUUCAUGUU